UGCAGAAGUAAACACAAAUGCAAGUCCACGUAGCAACUGCCCACUCACAUUUCAGAUCCAACAAAACAUUCACAUUCACAUACUCUAUUUGUUAGUAACUAAAGAAACUACUUAUCAUCCUGAAAUUCAGACAUCAAAAGAUGUCUUUGUUCACAUAGAUCUAACUCUUUGAGUCGGUAGUAAUAGUCGGAGUAGUAAUAUAAAGCACAAAACUUUAUGCUUUUCUUCAUCUUUUUACACUCUUUAAAGUGUAUCAGUAACCAAGAAAAUCUUGCCAAAAAAUGGGGUUCACUAUGGGUCUAAACUUGCUUCUAUUGGUAGCUAUGGUGGCUACCAACAUUCUUUCUUUGUAUCACCUCUCUUCCAAUAUCCAAUCCAAGCCCCCUGCAGCUCCACCUGUACCCGACCACCUUCUUCAUCAACUUCAGACAAUACGCGCCACCAUUAACCACCUCACGCGCCUACACCCUCCAGCUCCUCCAUCUGCCAAGAAAUCUACAGUUAGCAUCCCUUCUGACCUCCUUCUCUACACUCAUCUGUCACCUAUUGCUUCUUCUUGUAAAGACAAUCCUGAUUUGCUUUAUCAGUACAUGAACUAUACACCCUUUAGUCUUUGUCCCUCAGAUUCUUCAGUAGCUGAGUCUCUGAUACUUAGGGGGUGUCACCCUCUUCCAAGGAGGAGAUGCUUUUCAAGAACCCCUUCUAGUAUCCCAAAUUCACUUCCUAAAACCCCAUUUUCUACACUACCUGAAAAGUCCUUGUUGUGGAACAGUUACACUUGCAAGAGCUUUUCUUGUUUGUCUCAGUCUAAUCCCAACAUGGGAUUUGAUAUGAAAGUCGAGCAAUCAAGAUUCUUGGAUUAUAAAUCAGGUCUGGAUCUCCCAAUUCCACAAUUUAUCCAGCUGUCUAAGUCCUCAAAAAGUGUCAUUAGGCUAGCACUUGAUAUUGGUGGUGGUACAGGCACUUUUGCAGCACAAAUGAAGCUGCAUAAUGUGACUGUUGUGACUACAACAAUGAAUCUUGGUGCUCCUUAUAGUGAGACUGUGGCACUUAGGGGAUUGGUGCCUUUACAUGUGCCUUUGCAGCAGAGGCUGCCUGUGUUUGAUGGGGUGCUGGAUCUUGUGAGAUGUGGUCAUGCUGUGAAUAGGUGGAUUCCAGUGACCAUGAUGGAGUUCUUGCUUUUUGAUAUUGAUAGAGUGUUGAGAGGUGGUGGGUACCUCUGGUUGGACCAUUUCUUUAGUAAAAAAGCUGAUCUUGACAAGGUUUUUCAACCCUUGAUCUGGAAAUUGAACUACAGGAAGGUGAAAUGGGCGGUAGAAAAUAAGAAUGAUGCUAGUGGUGUGAAGAAUGGGGAAGUUUAUUUGACAGCUCUUCUUCAAAAGCCGCUUUCGAGAUGAACAUCUAGUUCAGAUAGCACUGCUAGAUUUGGAUAUGAUUAUUUGAUGCCAAAUGCUAUGUUGUGUCAAGAUAUGUGAUUAGUCUGCAUUUGGGUUGAGAAUUCUUUCAAGGAUCCAAACAACAGAAAACUGUGCACCAGAGUGAUACAGUCUGCAGCAAACAACAGUGGCAGCUGCUCUAAUAGAUAGAUAGUUAUUUCCCUUCAUUCAUUUGUCAGUUUUGAUGUAAUCUUUGCUGAUUUUGAGACUAUACAAGUGGAAUAUCUGGUAGGGAAAACCGAGCCGGAGGUUUGAAAAUGAUAACUAUUAUAACUGUAAAGAUAUUGCAGGAAAGUGAUGUAAAAGAACUUGCAAUCCCCUCUGCCAUCUAUAAAGAGUGAUGCUACUGUGACAAUUGGUAUUGCA